CUGAUAGGCUAAUGGGCGGUGUUUGUUUUAUGAGUAAUCCCAUGUCAUAUACGAAUCUCUCUCUCUCUCCAUCUCUCUCUGUUUAUUGAGUUAUUGUCUUAACACGCUUCUAAAAGAACAUGUCUGUCUGUCCAGUCUUUUAACGAAGCGAACAACGGAAUAUUUACUCAAAAGAAUGGUUAUCUCCGUGAUGUCACGUUCCACGGGCGUAGCAAAAUGUCCUCUCGAAGGCUUGUACCUUUUUGGAUUUUCCGAUUGGAACUAGAGAAAUAUUGGGCGGGGAAUGAGCCCCAUAUUCAUAUAUAUUUGGAUAUAAGCUAGUCUGCUGCAUAAUUUGGUGAAACAAGACUCCAACGCGUUGAAGGUCAUUUAGCCUACCGUUAGUAAAGCGUAUGCUAAAUUGAUGUAAAAGUAUUUUUACUUAAAAGAUUACGGACAAUUUAACAACAAGUAGCCUGCGCGCGGAUUCUCCAUAGAUAUACUUAAUUUCAUUUCUAAUGUAGGUAGCCGAAAUGUUGUGGACUUUGAUGUUCUGCUUGUGCUCUCUGUGGAUAACGUCUGUGCAGUCUAUUGUAGACAUGCGAGAUACGACGAAAAAUCCCAAUGCUGAUCUGCCGCUCAAAGAUAAACCGAUGGAGACAGGAGUCCGUAACCAGGGGAAACGCAAAACGCUGUUUGCCAGGAGAACGCUCCACGAGGGGCAGAGUCCGCGCGCGGUGAAGCUGAAGGUCAGGCUGCGCCCUCCAGGGCGACGCUGCUACCGUAUGAUGGAGAGCUGCUUACCCAGCAUGCACUGCUGCGACCCCUGUGCCAUCUGCAACUGCCGCUUCUUCAAUACCGUCUGCUACUGCUGGAAACUGGAGCAACACUGCCAUGAGAAGAGCUAGACACACGCACGCACACACGCACGCACACACACACACACAUGCAUGCGCACACACAUACACGCACACACAAAAUCCUUCAUCUGUCCCUUUACCUGGACAUUGUUUUUAUACACACGUCCAAACUUUUGGGUCAUAUUGAUCCAGCGCAUAAUACAAAUAAUUUAAAUAAAUGUUUUCAAGUGAUAUGUUCUCUAAAAUUGGGGUGGAAUUCAUUGUGACAUGCUUGUUAUUGAGUAGAUCUCUGUUCCGCUGCUGCUCUUUUCUUAGCAGCCUAAUGGUUAUAAAUACUGGUGCGGAACUGAUUAUGUUUCGCCAUUUCCUACCCAGAGCUUUGCUGAUUUCACGUGUGCCUUUGGAAAAAGGCAGAAAGCAUGCAUUUAUAGGCUGUCAACUUUAAUUAAAUAUGCCGUGUAUCAAUCAUUUAUCCUUUUAUAAAUAAAUAUUUUGGCUUUAAAAUGUUUUUAAGAAGCUACAGUAGUGUUAGUCUGAUAUGUUUAAGACACGAAUGUUUUCAUUCUACAGAAGUAAAAGGCACAUUUGUACCGUCGUUGAAUCUGGGAACUCACUUGUUACAUCCGUCCUCAGUGCUUCAUACCGCUACAGAUGCUAACACAGUAGAGAGAUGUGCACACGUGACCUUUUAAACACUGUAUGACAGUUUAUUUUACUACCCCGUUUUCUGAGUAGAAAAAUAAAUGCCUUGUGUGUUAUUUAUCUUAAGUAAAACUACCAGUAUGGUGGUACGAAAUAGAUCAGUUAGUGACUGGCUGAAAUAAAUUGUUCCUCGAAAAAAACAAAAACAUCAUAAUAAUCCAUCUCAACAUUUGUGAAAAUUUCAGGUGAACCGUACUAUUGGUAAGAAUAUUUUUUUGAAAAAAAGUAAAUAAACAAACAAAUACAUACAUGCUA